ACAAGAAAGGAUCAAAGCUCUCUCGAAAUACAAAUCAUGUGGACUUCAGAAAUGAGGAGAAAUGCAGCCAUCUGAAAUGGUCAUGAACCCCAAACAAGUCUUCCUCUCGGUGCUGAUGUUUGGAGUAGCAGGGCUUCUCCUGUUCAUGUACUUGCAAGUCUGGAUUGAAGAGCAACAUACAGGGAGAAUGGAGAAGAAAAGAGAACAAAAAGCAACUUCAGGAUGGGAGCCGGUAAAUUACCCGCAGCCUAUACCCAGAAUCAUGACUAGAGAACACAUCCAGAAAUAUAUCACCGACCAGAACCUUAAGUUCCACAUCACUGAGGAUCCCAAGGGAAAAAAGGAGAAUCUUUUGCUCAACUCUGAGAGGCCAGCGAGGGUCUUAACCAAGACCAGCCACUCACAAGGAGAGGAUCGAGCUUUGGGGAAGACCACAGGGCCACCAACAAUUAAGCUGAUUGAAAAACAUCCCGGAACUAGGACUGUUUUCAAGAAGUUCAGUGAAAUGAAGUGGCCGUUGGAUGUACACCCUUUAAACAAAAGUUUAAUCAAAGACAACAAAUGGAAGGAAACGGAUGUGGCCCAAGAGAAACGCAGGUCUUUCCUUCAGGAGUUUUGCAAAAAAUAUGGUGGGGUGAGUCGUCCUCAGUCACAUCUUUUUCACAUGGUAUCCAGGAUCUAUGUGGAAGAUAAACACAAAAUCUUAUAUUGUGAAGUACCCAAGGCUGGCUGUUCCAACUGGAAGAGAAUUCUGAUGGUACUAAGUGGGUUGGCUUCCUCUGCGUACAACAUCUCCCAUGAUGCUGUUCACUACGGGAAGCAUUUGAAAAAACUAGAUAGCUUUGACUUAAAAGGGAUAUAUACUCGUUUGAAUACCUACACCAAAGCUAUUUUUGUUCGUGAUCCCAUGGAAAGAUUAGUGUCAGCAUUUAGGGACAAAUUUGAACACCCCAAUAGCUAUUACCAUCCGGUAUUUGGGAAAGCAAUUAUAAAGAAAUACCGGCCAAAUGCCUGUGAAGAAGCAUUAAAUGAUGGAUCUGGAGUCAAAUUCAAAGAGUUCGUCCACUAUUUGCUGGAUUCCCACCGUCCAGUAGGAAUGGACAUUCACUGGGAAAGGGUCAGCAAACUCUGCUAUCCGUGUUUGAUCAACUAUGAUUAUGUAGGGAAAUUCGAAACUUUGGAAGAAGAUGCCAAUUACUUUCUACAGCUAAUUGGUGCUCCAAAAGAGCUUAAAUUUCCCAACUUUAAGGAUAGGCACUCUUCUGAUGAAAGAACCAAUGCUCAGGUUGUGAGACAAUAUUUAAAGGAUCUGACUCGAACUGAGAGACAAUUAAUCUAUGACUUUUAUGACUUGGACUACUUGAUGUUUAAUUAUACAACUCCGUUUUUGUAGUUUGCAUUAAUCUUCUAAAACCCUGUAUUUACUUCAUGAUGAUGGCCUCAAAUCAGCUGUGAUUUUCCUGCAGUUCUCUGUAUGAGAGAGAAUUUAACUAAGUACAGUUGUCUUGACUUAAUGAUUUUACCAAAUAGUAUGACACCAAUUGGCACAAAGUUAUAGGAAAAUUACCUUACAGAGACAUGUAAACAACUUGAGUUGCUCUAGAAUGUCUGGAAAAUAGCUGCUUUUGCAUUAUGGAUUAUAUUAUAGAAGCAAUAACCUAGCCAGCUGCUACAUUAGCUUCAAAAGCCUCUUGCAGUGAUAGGAAAAGGGAUCUAAAAUAGCAUGAGUAUAUGUCUACAUCCUGGAAUUUGUUGUCGA